GAGUGCUCUUCUGUGCCGGCCAUUCUGCAGGUCCAGACCCCUGAGCCACACAUACACAAAGACCUAAAACAAGCUGCGUCUCACUGAAAUGGAGAUCUUCAGUUCUCGGCAUCCACUCUCCUCCACUGGAGCAGAUAAGUAUGAGAUGCUGGAGUUGAACAGAAGGCUGGAGUCAUACCUGAACCAUGUGAAGUUACUGGAAGAGGAGAAUCAGCUUCUUUGGGGAGAAAUCCAAGCCAUGCGUAGAAACCAAGACACUGGAGGGCAAAGGAAAGCUCAGGAGGAGGCACUCAGUCUGGCCAGAAACGAGCUGCAGAACACUUGCAGAGAGAAGUAUUGUGUGGAACUAGAAGUCAGCAACAUGCUGCAGGAGAUUGAGGAUCUGAACAUACUGAGACAAAAAGAGAGGUCUGCACAGACUGAGGCUAAGAGAAAACUUGAAGAAAGCAGGAAGACACUAGAGGAUGAGAGGAGGAUGCAGAUCUGGCUGAGAGAACAAGCUGCUCAGCUUGAGAAAGAGAUCUCUCUACAGGUGCAGCUCCAUCAGGAAGAGAUGGCAGCCCUGAAGUCCUCAUGUGCCUUCUCAAAACCUGUGCUAAUGGCUCCUAAACACAGCCAGACUCUCAAUCUCCAUGGCUUGGGGAAAGAGUACUCACAGAGAGCUGCCCAAGCCUGGCAUGAAGCAGCAAGUGUGUACCAGACACAGAUGAAGAAACUAGAAGAAAGACUGACUCAGACCAUGUCUGAUAUGACACUAAUCAAACAAGAGAAGAAGGAGAGUCAGCUACAGGUACAAGAUUUAGCCAAAGAACUGGAAAGUGCAAAGGCCAAGAGAGAACUGAUUGAGAAGAACAUAGUACAACAGAGGCAGAGGCAGAAUCAAGACAUUCAACAUCUCCAGGCUCAUGUAGAGGCCCUGGAGGCAGAAAAGCUGGAUCUCGGAGAGCAGAUUGGGGAUCUGUUGGUAGAGAGUCGCAAUCUGUUGAAGACUAAGAUGUCUUUGAACCUUGAGGUGGCUACUUACAGAGCUUUGUUGGACAGUGAAAGCCUGAGAGUUAACAACCAAGCAGCAAGUAAGAGGAACAAGAGAGUCUCACAUUUAGAAGGAAUCACUAAGUCUCCUGAGAUUCCUCCAGGCACUCAAGCCAUCUCUUCCAGUCUGUUCAGCAGUCCACUAAAUACAACCUCCAGAUCAAUCACCCAUAAAGCUAACCUCGUGACUCCAACUCCUACAAGGAGCCUGGCACUAAGGACUCCUCAAGAGACACUCAAGAGACCUCAGACAACUAAGGAAGAGGAUGUCAUUGUAAGGGAAGAGAAGCAAAAACUAGAAACAUCUGCAAUUAUAUCAAAAAUACAUCUUAAUGGAGCAGACUCCAAUGAUCAUUAUGGAGCUGAGGAGGAAGCAAGCUCUGCUGCUUCUGUCUCUGACUCUGGAGUCCCUAAUGCUGUAGAUGAGCCUGAGUCCAUACUCAGUAUAAAUGGUAAAGAAGAUUUGCACAAAGUCCUUAAGGCAGAAGUUGAACGGGUUUUGUUUAGUGCCAAUGAAACCACAACAAUUGCCUCGCUAGCCAGACAUCCCGAAACUCCAGAGAGUUUGACCUCUAGUCAGAAUGUUGAGGAAGCAAAGAGUUCAGAGGAUGGACAUGAAGAGGAGACUGAGGUGUCUCCUGAAAUGGCUCAAAUAUCACAUGCGCCUGUGUCUGCCUGGGAGGAAAAUGAGACAGUGAUACAAGAAGUCAGAGACCUAGUCUGUGAGAAAGAGUUGGAGUUAGAGGACAUUGAUGAAAACUGCACACAAGACUUUAAAAUGGAUCCUGCAGAAUUACAGCUGCUUGCUGAAAACACUAACACACCUGCUUCAAUGUUACUCCAGGAAAUACCACAAUUGUCUGCAGAUACAUUCAGCCCGUUUGAGGAUGACAGUGAAAUUCUAACAUGGGCAGAUGUAAAGGAAGAUGUUUUACAUUUUGUAGAAGAAGAGUCACUGAACAGUGUACCAGAAGUCAAGAGAGAGUCAGAGGAAGGGACAGAAGAAGUGAAAGAAAAAAUGGAAGUAGAAACUGAAUGGCCUGGUAUUGAAGUCCAGGAAGGUCAUGAGUUUGAUAUUACAGUGCAUGAAGAGGAAAAUGAAACUGAGCAAGAGAAAACAGUGGAGCAAGAGGAACUGAUUUAUGUUCAAGAGGAAAAGAUGAUAGUGGAAGAAAUUGGAGAAAGCUUUGGUAAACAAAAAGCAGAGUUAAUGAUGAGUACAUGUGAAAAAGUUAACUUAAUUGGUGAAAAUGCUGAGUUAGUGAUGGAUACGUGUGAAAAAGGUAAUCUUGUAGGUCAAAAAGCUAUGACACUGAUAGAUGCAUUCGACAAAGAUCAGUUAGUUGAACAUAAUGCAGAAGAGGAGCAGAGACAAAGUGAUGAAGACGAGUCAUUAAACAUCUCUGCAUCAUGGAAAACUGACCCUGGUGAAGCAGACAGCUAUGCUCAGGAGAACACACUAGCAGAUACUCGUCCCCUCAUACAUUACAAGAGUGAUGAAGAGACAGAUGCCAACAUCCCGAUCUCUCAUCUGGGUGUGAGUGAACAUGUCGACAGUGAGGAAGAAAGGGAGAAACAUGAGGGGGGCGGCAACUGGAGCCAGAUAAUCGCCAAACGCUUUGACACCAUGGAGGAUCUAUCUGAGGAGCCAGAGCUAGGCAGCAUAGAUGACAUAAUCACAGAUGAAUCAGUACAAACUGUGUUAAGAGAGAGCAUGAAUGAGGAGACUGAUAUUCAAAAUGAAUGUGGUGAGAUAGACAGCCAUGUCAAAAUGGAUGAUGGUUUAUUUGAUCAAUCAGAAAGUGACCUUAGAUACAAUAGUAAUGAGAACAGUCUGGGUGAGGAUGAGACAAAAAUUGAGAACUACCAUCUGUCAACAUUUCUGGUUGAGAAACAGGAAGAAGGUUCACAGAUACAUGACUGGAGUGCAAGUUUCUACAGUGAAACCAGUAAGCAGCAAACACUUCUGACUACAAAGUCCAAUAUCAGUGAAGAUGCCUUAACAGAAAAUAGAGACAAUGUAGACAACCUGAAUGUAGAAUCUAUAGAAAUGAAUCUAGCAGAUGAAAGUGAAGACAAGAAGUAUUUUGACAUUCCAUUACCUGAACCAUCCCAAGAACAAUCCCUUGCAGAAGAACCUUUUGAAGAAAUUUCCACAGACAUCACACCAUCUGAUGAUCCACUAUAUGGAACUGAUAUUACUGAAGAGGAGGAUGUGCAGUCGAAACUGUCAAUGCUCACUCAUGCAGAUUUCACAGAUGAAUUUUCUCCACAUAAUCAUCCAGACAGCCAGACAAUUAAAGACUCAGAUCUGGAAGAGCCAAAUAGUUCUGAGGACGAAUCCUCAAAUGAGAGCCAGUGUUCUCAGCUGCUUUCCCAGAGUGAGAUGCACGCCCAGCAGCUAGAAAAGGACAGUGCAAGUACUAUGGACUUGGUCUCAAAUACCGAUCCUUUCUUCACAGGCUUUGUCUCAGAUGUAAUGAAAAAGGAGAGCUCUGAAUCCUGUAAUGAUCUUCAAGCAGAAGAUUUGGAGAAUAAAGAGGAACAGCAACAUGCAGUGGACAGUAGCGGUGUUGUAUUGGGUGAAAAUGCUGAGAGCCUUUCACAAGAGUGGGAAAAUUUGGGCCCUGAAAUUACCAGUGCAUCCCAUAGUAUCCAUAGCACUGCAGAAGAAUUUGGUGGUUUGGAAAUGGAGAACAAAAAAGAAAACAUGAAUAUUUUCCAAGGAGGUGCCAUAAAAGAAGAAUGUCAGGCUAAUGAAAAAGAAAAUGACCAUAACAGCUUAUUUAGAUCAAGCAUUACGGAGGGCAUCUGGAGUGCAACAAACACUGAGAUUGCUGCUACAUAUGAUCCAAAUAACCAAACAGAGACUGAGAGGUACUCAUAUAAAAGCAUUAAUCCAAACCAAAGCAUGGCCUUUGCGGAGGACUGGGGAAAUCUUGAAGUACCAUCAACCAACAGCAAACCUGAGAGCGAUAUGGACGCCUCUGUGAUUCAAACAACGGAGAGGGGAGGGGAAGAGCAGAUGAUGCCACAGAAUAAACAUGUACAGAGUAGAGAUGGAGAUAAGGAGACUGUCAACACAGAGGAUUCCACUGAUGAAGGUGACUCCUGGUCUUCUGGUGAAGAGUAACUGCAUUCUAUAAGCAUUACUCAUCUCACACAUCUGCAAUAUUAUAUUCAUUGCAGAACUGCAGUGGCACAGAAUGGAAAGGGAAAGUAAGGUAAAACAGUGAGAAGUAUAACAUAAAUAUAUAUCGAUUAAUUAAUAUUAGUGCAUUUAGUGCCUAAUUGAUCUGUGUCAGGAUGCUGUUCUUACUGAUUUUUUCUGAUCUUACUGACAUUGAUUUGUCUACAUUUUUAGGUGAAACAAAUAAGGU